CUCAGUGUCAUGGAAACAUGUACGAUAAUUGGCGUUUUAAAGGUGGGAGUAGAAGAAAUAUUUUUUUUUGCGUUUCAAGGUUAAAAGUGAAUGAGAUUUACAGUUGUUUGUUUUAAAAAACAUCAAUGAUAACUAUAUGAGAGUAUAUAAGAAGCCAUCUAUUUAAAAACAAUUUUAAAACGUGGCCGUGAAUUGUAUAGAUUAAUUUAUAUUAUAACAUUAGCAUAUUUAGAAGUAUCUUAUCUAUAAAUGUAAAGAUAUAAAUAUCUUAGUUUUUAUUGUAAUAGGUACUUUAAGAGUCGUAUCAGUGAAUUUUAUAUUUUGUUACAGUUAUAUUUUUAAUUAAUAAUCAGUGAAAAUGAACAAAAACAUAAUUACAACUGAAGAUGUUAUUGUCCCAAAUAAUAUUCCAGGAAUUGGAUAUAAUUAUUUUAACAAAAUGAAAGAGCAUGCUUCACAAAAUAAAAUUGCACAGAUUGUAGAAAAAACUGACGAAAAGGUUUCUUUCGAAUCUUUGUUAAAAAGAUGUAUAAGAACAUCAAUGUUUUUACAAAAAAAUGGAAUUAAAAAGGACGAUGUCAUAGCACUUUUUGGGCCAAAACAUGUUCAUAGUGUUGUUUCUUUUAUUUCCAGUCAUUUUAUAGGAGCCAUUCCAACGUGUGUGGCAUAUGAUUACCCAGAAAAUGAUAUUAAAAUCAUACUAAAAAGUAUAGAGCCAAAGAUAAUUUUUACGGAUUCUAAGUGUUUAACAGUUUUAAAGGAAUAUUUACGUGAUAUAGGUUUAAGUGCAAAAUUUAUUGUGUUUGGUGAUUGCGAAGAAGGAUUUAAUUUUUUCGAUAUAAUCAAACCUCAAGCUGGCGAAGAAAAUUUUGAACCAGUAAAAAUAGACAACAUAAAAAAUACCGCUAUAAUAUAUUAUAGUAGUGGUACAACCGGACCCCCAAAACCUAUUUGUAUCAGUCAUUAUGCUAUGUUGGCGAAUGUUAUAAACUCUUUUCCAAAAGAGCCUGAUAUGGAAGUUUUAAAUCAUUAUCAAAAACAAUUUUCAAAUGGAUUUCGGUUCUUAGAUCAUCUACCUCUUUACUGGAUAUCUGGAGAAUUAUCUGGGUGGAUUCAAAAUGGAAGCACUCGUAUUUUAGUUGAAAAAUUUGAGGCCCUUAAGUUCUGGGAAAUUGUGGAUAAGUAUAAAGUAAACAUGACAUUCAUAGCACCAAAUUCUUUAAUGGAACUAAGCAAAUGUCCGAAAUCAGAACACCUUAACGUAGAUAGUUUAUGUUUAAUAAUAGUAGGUGGUUUUCACGCAAAGGAAGAAUGUUUGGCUGCUGUAAGAAAAAUGAUGCACCCAUUAUCUGCUGUAAUACCAGGAUAUGGCCAAACUGAAUUAAACGGUGGUACUAUUUUAUUUGAUGUCCGUGAUAAAAAACAAGGAAAAUACUUAAAUGAAAAACCUAAGUCUGUUGGUAUGGUUGUAAAAGGACUAAGUGUUAAGGUAGUUGAUUUGGACACAAACGAAAUUUUAGGUCCAAACAAAAGCGGUGAAAUUUUGAUGAAAGGAGAAACAUGCUUUAAUGGUUAUUAUAAAAUGGAUUCAAAGGAUUGUUUUGAUGAAGAUGGCUAUUUUAGAACAGGAGAUAUUGGGUACUACGAUGAAGAUAAAUGUUUUUACAUCGUCGAUAGACUAAAAGGAAUAUUUAGAUACAGCAAUUUUCCCAAAAUUGCUUCAUCCAACAUUGAAAAAAUCAUUAUGAAACACCCUGCUGUUAAACGUGCUGCUGUUUUUGGUUACCCGCAUCCAAUAGAUCAAAAUCACGUUACUGCUGUGGUUGUUUUAGAAGAAAAUGCACAAGCCACUUCAGAGGAAAUAAGAAAUUUUGUUGACUCCCAAAUAGAGGACUACAAAAGGCUCAGAGGUGGUUUAAAAAUUGUAAAAGAACUACCUUUAACUCUAACUGGUAAAAUCAAAACUGGAGAUUUAAAGGCUUUAGUGGAUGGAAACCUAUCUUCUUCUUCCCUUUUCACAGAUUAAGAAACGUAAAAUUAAUAUAAAGUAUUGGUUUAAAUAUAUAUACUGCCAUAUUUACUAUUAUUAAAUUAUUAUUAAAUUUUGACGAGAACAAUAAAGACCUAGUCAAUAAGUUACUGUUUUAAUCAAUAAACAAUUUUAUCUUAUAAAAAAUAAAUAAUUUGCAAAAUCAAAUGGAUUUUUCGAAUAAAAGUUUUCUAUAAAAUUUAGAUUUUGACUUUUAACCGGCCACCUCAUUACGGAAACUUUUUUCUGCUCCAACCAUUUUUUGACCAUUUUGUGCUUGGGAUCGUCGUGUUCAAUGUAAGCUUCAUAAUUUUAAAUAAUUAGGAUUCCAAAACAUUCUUUAAAAAGUCUUUGUACAUAAACGACCGAUGGGCAUCUGAUUCAGAGAAUAGGUAAGUUAAAGAAAAAUAUCAAGUAAAGGAGUAAAUAAAUAUAAGUGGCCCACAUAUUUAAAUAUGUGCAGUAAACCAACUAAAACUAAGGUCCAAAGGACCGAAACAGUCAGUCUAUCGGUGCCUGGUGAGGAACUCAUCUAUAACAAAACACAGUGAUGAGG